GAGAAGGAGCGGGGUGAGGGGAGGGGUCGCGGGGCGCCAUGGCGCAGCAGCGGGUGCUGCCGCAGAGCAAAGAGACCCUGUUGCAGUCCUACAACAAGCGCCUCAAAGAUGACGUCAAGUCCAUCAUGGACAACUUCACCGAAAUCAUCAAGACGGCCAAGAUUGAGGAUGAAACUCAAGUCUCUCGAGCAACCCAGGGUGAACAAGAUAACUAUGAGAUGCAUGUCAGAGCUGCAAACAUUGUCCGAGCUGGUGAGUCCCUGAUGAAACUUGUGUCUGACCUGAAGCAGUUCUUGAUCCUCAAUGAUUUCCCCUCUGUGAAUGAAGCUAUCAACCAGCGCAACCAGCAGCUGAGAAGCUUGCAGGAAGAAUGUGACAAGAAGCUGAUUGCACUACGGGAUGAGAUCUCCAUUGACCUGUACGAGCUAGAAGAAGAAUAUUACUCUUCCAGGUACAAAUAGGGCAGUGGACUUCUGCCUUAUUACUCCAGCCCUUUUGGGGUAGUUAAUCCAGACAAACAAGUAGUUCAUAGAGUAUAGGUCUUGAGGAUGUUCCCAACAAAAUUUCAGUCCUAUUUUUAAUUAGGUCAAACUCUUUUUCUGCAGCUAAAGCAACUGCCUUUUCCUUGUAGGUAUCCUACAAGGUAUAAAUGUCAUGGUGAAGGAGGUAUUCACAGCAUCCAACUCUAGGUGCUUGCUGUAGUUGGGUAGAUUUGACAGAUAAUUUGCUUAGGCUUCCUUUGUGAUCAUUGUAAAAGGAGAUAAAUUUCCUUGGAGGUAUAGGCUUCUGUCUGAGUAUCCCUCUGAAGGAGCCUCUCUCUCUCUGUCCCUGGAGAGAGUGGCUUGCUGAGCUGGGUCCUGAUAUUAGAUGAGAUCACCAUGUCUUCAUGGUGGGUUCUUCACAAGUGACUUGGUUACACGGUGUGCCUUUUCCCUUGUAGUCCACUGCCUCAGCUGCCUGGCAUCCUGUUGGGGUGAACAUUUGAAAUGAGCAAAAAAGACAUGCUCUGUUUCAUUGAAUUAUGAGGUAUUAUGAUAGGCUUUUCUAAAGAAGACUUAUUAGUGAUUUGUGAGAUUUUUAAUAUUUUUAAAAGACUCUUAGAAAUCAGGCUUUUGAGAAUUCAGACACUUUAUUUUUUUUUUAUUUUCUGCCAUGCACUCCAGCACUUCUAGUUGAUGAUGCAGUAAAUGAAAGCAGGAGAAAACAAAUGAGAACCUGAUCGGGGCUUGGAACUAGAUGAUCUUUAAGAUCCCUUCCAACCCAAACCAUUCUAUGAUUGUUUUGGCUGCACUGUCCAAGCUAAGCGAAGUCAGUGCAAUAAUGCUGUGACUUCUAAACAGAAACUUAAUUUUUGAAAACUUAAAGUUCUAGUGACCAGGUUUUCUAUUUUUGCCUUUCUCUUCUUUCUAAAAAUGCUGAAUGUCUAUAACCCCAGCUAAGUCAACUAAAACCUUAAUUGCUCAAUAUCUUUGGAAGUUAGGCCAUUAUUUAUGGGUAAUAUAUGUAUUUUAAGAAUAAAAAUAUAUUGAUACGACAUAGCUUAGGAACUGCUACGACAUAGGAAGAAAACUUGAGGUAAAAGUUUACAGUUAUUUUUCAAACUCUAUUCAGUUUUUUUGAGGGGUAGCAAGGGGUCCUAGAGAUAUCUCAGGAUUGGAGAGGGAUAGUUGCAAAUCUAAGCACCAGUCAAGGUGCAUCCACUACAUAGGUUGCAGAGAGUGUAGCAGUGAGCUGUAUCCAAAACCAUGCGGUGUGGGAUGUUAGUGCCUCACGUGUGCCAGGUGUGCUUCCCUCACACUGUCACCAGACUGCCACCACUGUGUGUCAGUAGCUUUAAAUUCUGGGCUGAGGGGUUCUGACCGUGCUGGCGUGGUCAGUUCACCAGUCUGGCACCAGAUGCCAUGUAAAGCAACCCUUUGUAACUGAAAAUCUAAGCACAAAUGUUGGCAUACACUAAACAGAUUUGCCUUCGUGCUCUUUCUUAUGAGUGGUCACAAAGUAGGAAACUUGUUGACUCUACAGAGCUAUGAUCCCUCCACUGAAACCUGUUACCAUGUAGCACUUAAGUCAUUUGCUUUUAGCACUUAUUCUGUUCCUGUGCUCUUCUCUGUCUUUUCUGCACCAAAGACAUUGUGUGUAUGAAUACAGAAACAGUGAUUUGUUCAAAAUCCUUUUAUAAUUAGAACACUAAAAUAUUUUUAAUGAAACUUUAUUGCCUAGUGUGGGGGGGGAAAAGGGUUUUUGUUAUGUCUUGAGUGAUAAUCAUAUUUAAAUGGCUGUAAAUGCAAUAGCUGGUUUGCCACAGAUGGGCGUUCUGUGCUCUCCUGGAGCCCAGCUGGGGUUGCUUCUCUGCACCAUCUGUUAAUUUCUCAUGGGCCUUCAUCCCACAGAAUUUUUUAAGAGGUGUGCAAUCCCAUGGGGGCAGGACGUGGGUUCCAGACGGCUCCCCCAUGCUGCAGUUUCCCUGAAGGUGACUGGUUAGUUUAUUUUAGGUCGUCUCUCCAGGGAAGGCUGUAGAAAAGUGAUCUCCCUGGCGCAGCACAGCUCUGGGUGCUGCAGAGCUGAGAGCUGCCCUGUGCCAUGCAGCUUGUUUGGUCCCUGUGCACUGUUCCCAACCAGCACGAAAAGCCAGUCAGGGCUGUCUGCUGCCCAGCGUUUGUCACUGCCAUUGUGUUAAAGGGGCUUAGGAGGCAACCCCUUGGCCAUAGUGAGGUUAUAGGAUGUGCCUCAGGCGUAGGGGCAGGUUUCAGUGCUGGGAUUUUUAUGGGUACGGGUUGGGUUUGAGGAGACCUGAAAGCAGGUCCAUGAAACUAAAGCUGAGUAGAUUGUUCUGAAGGAAUUUUUGCUUUCGGUCCCUCUGUUCAGGUAGUUCUCUAGAGCUGUUCCUCUGCACGUGGACUGGGC